AGCUGUUCUGUUCUAGACAGUGUUGCCAAACCUAUUAUUUUCCCGUAUGUGGUACAUUUAUCUUACUAUAAUUUAAUCUAAAUACUUUAGAUAUAUUAUCACCAAAUAUUCAUAUCUAAUUAUUUAAUUUAUUUACACCAGUAAAAAUACAACAAACCGAUGAAAAAAGAUUGAGGUUACUGUAUGUGAUUUAAUUAUCAGGAGGUUGGCUCGAAUGCGUCAUCACUAUUAUUCUGUCAAAAUUGUGUGUUGUGGACGACAAUCAUAUGAGCAUUUUCUUUGUGUACUACAAACUACAUAACAACUAUGUAACCAAGAAUGUAACAGUCAGCAACAAUCAAAUCGUAACUACGUAAAGACGAGUCGCACCCCCACAAUUCUAACAAUGUCGUCAUAUUUACGUGGUUCCCCGAAUUAUGUCUGGUCAACCACCAGCAUUUUGGGUAAGGGUGCCACGGCCACGGUCCAUCAGGGUGUUAAUAAGGUCAACGGUGAACCGGUGGCCGUAAAAACGUUCAACCACAUCAGCACACUUCGACCCAUGGACGUUCAGAUACGUGAAUUCGAUGUGUUAAGAAAGGUGAAACAUGAGAAUAUUGUUAAACUCUUGGCCAUCGAAGAAGAACAGGAGAACAAGGGGAAAGUCAUUGUUAUGGAACUGUGUACUGGUGGCAGUCUGUUUAAUAUUCUGGAAGACCCAGAAAAUACAUACGGACUGGAGGAAAAGGAGUUUUUACUUGUGUUAAGACAUCUGUAUGCUGGCAUGAAGCAUCUGAGAGAUAACAAUUUGGUUCACAGAGAUUUAAAGCCGGGAAAUAUCAUGAAAUUCAUUAAAGACGAUGGAACAACCGUUUACAAGCUGACCGACUUCGGUGCCGCUCGAGAACUACAGGACGGUCAAUAUUUUCAAUCACUAUAUGGCACAGAGGAGUACUUACAUCCAGACAUGUACGAACGGGCGGUCCUGCGGAAGCACGUCAAUAAAACUUUUGGUGCCACCAUAGAUCUAUGGUCCAUUGGUGUUACUCUAUAUCAUGUAGCCACCGGCAGUCUACCGUUUAAACCGUAUGGCGGACGGAAGAACAAGGAGACAAUGUACCACAUCACAACAAAGAAGGAGAGUGGAGUAAUAUCAGGGAUUCAAACAAAAGAGAAUGGCCCAAUCGAAUGGCGUCGGGAGUUGCCAAAGUCCUGUCAGCUGAGUGUGGGACUGAAAAAGAUCAUCACACCUUUACUAGCUGGAUUACUGGAGGCAGAUGCAAAAAGAAUCUGGUCGUUCGACAGGUUCUUUAGCGAAGUGAGUGCAGUACUUUUAAGAGAACCAGUUAAUAUUUUCCAUGUGAACAAAGCCCAACUGAUAAAGGUCUAUAUUCAUCCAGAUGAAACUUACUUAAAUCUACAGGAAUAUAUCACCGAACAGACUCAAAUGGACAUGGAGAGUCAGAUAAUACUGUAUCAAUCAACACUGUUAAAUGAACUGGUGAAAGAAAAUACAAGAGCUUGCGGUUAUCCUAAAACUACCGAGGAGGAACCAAUGUUCUUGUUUAAUAAAGAAAAUAACAAUAUUAUUAUCGAAUCGGAAAUUGAUGUGCCCAAAUUUAAUGACUUCCAAGUGGUGGUGGCUGUUGAAAGCGACGCCUCUCAAGCUAAAGUUGCCUGCAGUAUUGGUCAUAUAUGUAAAAAACUAGUAGAGCGAUUUUCUCUAGCCUGUAAAUUAAUUUGGGACACCAUAGAUAACUUUACAAAAUAUAUAUAUGAGGAACUAAAACAAUUAAACACAGAAACGGUUCAUUUAAAAGAAAAAUAUACUUUGAUUAGGAAAUAUGCUGAAAUUGUUGAAUUCUCUCAAAAACUAACAAAAUAUAAAUCCGGCAAUUAUUUAAAUAACCUGGAGGAUCUUAGUAAGGAAUUUUUGCAAAACACUGCUGUCGGUGUAACGACAUUGUAUAAAAAACAUUGUGUGGAAAAUAACUUGAAAUUGCAGUGGGAAAGUUCAAGUAGAGAAUUAAAAUGCCCUUAUAAAACUAGAGCGCCAGCCAGAGCGCGGACGUUUGUGGAAAAUUUGAGGGACUCGUGGCAAAACCUUGUUAGAGACAGGGCAACCAGAACGCUGUCAUACAAUGAUGAACAGUUUCAUAUAUUGGAAAGGAUUAAAAUCACUCAAACUAUUAAGCGUAUGAUGGAAUUGCUGGAGAAGGAGGUUAAGCCAUUAUAUGAGCAACUGGCAGAAAAUUUUGGCGACUGGUAUAAAAUGGCUCAAAAUAUCCAACUUAAGGCGGGUAUUUUAAUAGCUGACGUUGCUAAAUAUGAUGAAAGACUGAAGGAUUUCAGUGACGAUCUUUCUAUAAAUAAUAGUGAUUUUAUGGACCAGAUUAAGAGUAACACACAUUCUAAAAAUCCGGUGACAAAAGAAAAUAAAUCUAAUCAGAAGGAGAAAAUUAAAAGUAUUUUUGCAGAAUAUAAAAAAACAACCAAAGAUAUAAAAAAUCUUCUAAAUGAAAAUCGAGAGUUAGCUGGCGAAUUGCAAGCUAUGAGCAUCUUCUACGACGUGCCGAAGUUGUAAAUAUUUUUGUAUUUUACAUUAUGUGAUACUUAUUUUUUAUUUUAUUUCUUAUAUAUGUACGAUAUACAUGAUUAUUUAAUUUUUAAA